GCGCACGUACGACCUAUUACGGGUGCGAAAGGUAAGUGAACAAAGAAUUCAUCUCACUGAGUAUAUCCAUUCCCCAUAGACGUGCAAAACGCCGAAAGCAGUGGUCGACAAUUCGGAGAUGCUGCAAUACAUCAUCGACCUCGGCUACUUCCAAAUGAUUCCAGUGGGAACCUCCGAACAGGACGUGCCACCAGUGACACGUCGCAAACGACUCAGACAGUAUGACGCUGCAUGGCAACGCUUCCAAUACAGGCAGAGGUGUAGGCUCCCCUCGAUGAUGUUAGGACAUACACACGAGCUUUUGGGUGGUGUAUAUAUUUCAGUUAGGGACAGCCGCAUCUACUUUGCGCGUUUGCCGUCCGCGUCUGAUUGUAAUGAUCUUCAUUGCUGGAGUCAUCCUAUUGAUGUCGUGACCUCGGUGGAAUUCACUUUCUGUGCUGCGCAAGAUCUAUUUGUUGUAGCGGCAUUUUCAGCAGACAUUCGGAGUCAUGUAUAUGAUAUCCAUCUGAAGUCGCUGACAACAAACGACACUCAUCCCGAUGCAGUGCAACCAAUACUGAAGGGACUCGGCGAAUAUCAUUGACCGCAAAAUAGUCCAUUCCACUGGUCAUGUGGACAUCCAAAUCAUCGGGAACUACAUCAGUAUGCUAAUGCUGUAGUAAUC